CCACCCUAUAAGUAUAAUUUCUUAAUCGAUUAUCUAGGGUUUUUUGUGUAACAUUUGCGCAGCGGCAAUCAACCAGAUUUUCGCAAUGGGAAGAAGACCUGCUAGGUGUUACCGCCAGAUUAAGAACAAGCCUUACCCAAAGUCCCGAUACUGCCGUGGUGUGCCUGAUUCGAAGAUCAGGAUUUAUGAUGUUGGAAUGAAGAGGAAAGGAGUUGAUGAGUUCCCCUUUUGUGUGCAUUUGGUCAGUUGGGAAAAAGAGAAUGUCUCUAGUGAGGCACUUGAAGCAGCUCGUAUUGCAUGCAACAAGUACAUGACUAAGUUUGCUGGAAAGGAUGCUUUCCACUUGAGGGUUAGGGUUCAUCCUUUCCAUGUGCUUCGUAUCAACAAGAUGUUGUCGUGUGCUGGAGCUGAUAGGCUCCAAACAGGCAUGAGAGGUGCUUUUGGUAAACCACAAGGUACAUGUGCUCGGGUAAGUAUCGGUCAAGUACUUCUAUCAGUCCGCUGUAAAGACGGUAACAGCCAGAAUGCUCAGGAGGCACUUCGUCGUGCUAAGUUCAAGUUCCCUGGCCGUCAAAAGAUUAUUGUCAGCAGGAAAUGGGGAUUCACCAAAUUCAGUCGUACCGACUAUCUUCAGUGGAAAUCAGAGAACCGUAUCAUGAAUGAUGGAGUUAAUGCUAAGCUUCUUGGAUGCCAUGGACCUCUUGCAAACCGUCAGCCAGGAAGAGCGUUUCUAGAUGCUGUUGCAUAAGUUCAUUUUGUUCAUCAAAAACAACCAGCCGAAUCUCGUUCAGGAAACUUAUACCCUCUUUUUCUUGUUUACUAGAAUGACUUUUGUCGCAUUUCCUUUCAUCUUUAUGUUCGAGCUGCUGCAAUUUACUGAAAGAAUGCAUUGUGUUUUAAAAUUGAAUGACUGUUUUGAUUUCAUUUA